GGGAGUGAAACUACCACACUGACAAAACUGUCUCAGGUAAACCUGCUUUGAACAGCGUCCACUGUCCUUUAUCAACAACCAGCAAACUUUCAGCGGUGAAACAGUAGCAGCAAAGAAAGUAAGGAUGUUAAAAUCAGCGUUAUCGCUGUUUCUCGUCUGCUGUUUGCUGGGACGUCUGGACUGUACAGAGUUAACAGUCAAACGAGGAGCAAAUGCCAUUCUGCAGUGCUCUGGUCACAGAGUUGCUGAUGUCAUAAUGAUAAGUUGGGAUAAACCUGACGUGCACUCAGAGGUUUAUCUCCUCUUCUUCAAAGAUGGUCAGUUUCAGGAAGAGCUCCAGCAUGAAUUGUUUAAAGGUCGAGUGGAGCUGAAAGAUCCUAAUUGGAAGGAGACAGGAAACUUCUCUGUGAUUCUCAAACAUGUCACCCCAAAUGAUGCUGGAACUUAUGAAUGUCAUGCUGGAUAUGAAGGACAGAAAUCUGAGCUUCUCAGCAGCCUCAUCCUGAAGGUUGAAAAACCAGAGUUAUCAGUCAAACGAGGAGCAGAUGCCAUUCUGCAGUGCUCUGGUCACAGAGAUGCUGAUGUCAUAAUGAUAAGUUGGGAUAAACCUGAGCUGCAGUCAAAGGGUUAUCUCCUCUUCUUCAAAGAUGGUCAGUUUCAGGAAGAGCUCCAGCAUGAAUUGUUUAAAGAUCGAGUGGAGCUGAAAGAUCCUAAUUGGAAGGAGACUGGAAACUUCUCUGUGAUUCUCAAACAUGUCACCACAAAUGAUGCUGGAACAUAUGAAUGUCAUGCUGGAUAUGAAGGACAGGAAUCUGAGCUUCUCUGCAGCCUUGUAUUGAAGGUUGAAAACCCAGGUCAGACAGAAGCACAAAAAAAGGAUGGAGGGAACGAGGGUGAAGAGAAGGAGGAAGAAGGAAAGGAGCAUGGACAUACUGGACUGAUAGGUGGUCUGGUAGUUGCUGCUGUGCUUUUAUUUGCUGCUGCUGCUGUUUUUGUGUAUUUCUACAAAUGUAGAAACAAUAUCAUGGUCCUCAAAGAGAGGAGGAGGUGGCGGCUGAGAUAAAUGUCUGAAAGCCCCUCAGAACUGAUCUGAGUGACCUGCUGCUUGUUGCAGGCUCUUCACUAACAGAUGUUCUGAGGACAGACAUAGUUAAUAAUGCCAAAUUCAGUCAGUUAUGGGGACGACUUAAACUGGGAUUUGGCAGCUUGGAUGAACUCUAAGAUCCUCUAUUCUUGUUUUGUGGUUAUCUGACCUCUGACCUUCACGGCUUAAAUUAUUAUUAUAUGGCCUCAUUCAGUAAUAAUUUCCAGUCCAGAUCUGUUUCUGUUCACCAAAUAAUUUUAUUAGAUUUAAAGACUUAAUAAACACUAAAAAAAGUUUCAUGUAUAAUAAGUUAUCAAACCUCAUGUUAUAGUUGUUGUGUUUUAAGUCAAUUCUGAUGUUUUCACAGUAUCAUUCAUUUGCUCUGUCAUGCCAAAAAAGAAGCUAAUAUUAGGCUUUAAAUACUGAUAUGUAGGGCGGUUACGCUCUAUAGAAAGAGUGCCAAAUAUACAGCCUGAGGACCAGAACUGGCUCACUGGAUUGUUUUGAAAAAUGUUUAAUUGUUGGACUUUUCAGUGUGUUUUGUCUCUGGGACCUGAUCACAUCAUGAGAGUCUGAACUGUGAAUCAGAGCAAGGAACUCAAAUCUGAGCCAGAGGUCUGGAUCUUUGUCAGCAUUAACAGUAAAGAUGCUUUCAGAUGCUGGAUCUCCUUCCUUUGUGUGUGAGAUUUGUUCCUUCUCACAGUAACAAGCCGGGGAUUCAUUGCUUAUGUACAGUGCCUUGCGAAAGUAUUCGGCCCCCUUGAACUUUUCAACCUUUUGCCA